ACCUCUCUCUCUCGCGUGCGCGCGCUCUCUCUCUCUCUCUCUCUCUCUCUCCCUGUGGGCGUGUGUGUUUCCCAUGUGCUGUGUGAAGUCAUGCUGCGCAAGCUGGAGACGCUUUUCUAUAUGUAAAAUAAAAUCAACAUCAUUCAUUAGAAUGACUUCAUGUUUUAACCUCUUUGUGUUCUUGUAUUUAAUCCACAUAUCGGAUAAAUCAUUUGGUGAGGUGUUCACUUCCAUGAUGAGCGUGAAUCAAGCUGUUUUCGCAGAAACACAACUCAUCGAUCACUUAAGAAUAUACAUAGAGCGCGAAACGCAAAGACUUCACGACAUUAAAAGGUUCUUUUCAAGAGUCACAGCACAGCACGGUGGGAUAUGCAAUGAAUCAUCGGCUACCAUAGCCAAUCCUCUUGUUGCAUUCAAACUGGUCAAAAGACUUCAGUCUGAAUGGCUUAAUGUAGUUUAUAGCAGUGAAGCUGAAGAAAACCUUCAAGCCCUUAGGGAGGGCUAUAGGAUGAUGGAAGGCAGCUUGCCGAAGCUGGAGGACCUUCAGGGGGCAGCGCAGGGGCUGAUGAGACUUCAGGACGUGUAUGAUCUCCGCGUGGAGGGGCUCGUGAGAGGACAUUUCCAGCAGAUCACAAAUGGGAAUGCUGUUGAUAUUUACAAACCCUCUGUGUCUGAUACUUUGUCUGGGGACGAUUGCUUUCUUGUUGGAAAGGUGGCAUAUGAUUUGGAGGAUUACUAUCAUUCAAUGCAGUGGUUUGAGGAGGCAGUUCGGCUCUUUCGGGGCACUGAGUGGAGUCCAGAAAACGAAGGCACACUUGAAGAUGCUCUUGAUCAUUUAGCGUUCUCCCAUUUCAAGACAGGAAACAUUUCCUAUGCCCUCCGUUUGUCCCAGGAACUACUGCUUCAUGAUCCCAUAAACAGCAGGAUUCUUCUUAAUGUGGAGAAGUAUGAGAAGCUCCUUGUUAAAAGUCCUCCUGUCAUUGGACAUGGCUUGGUUUUAAAAAGGCCUGACACAACAUAUCUGAGAACCAGGGAUGUCUAUGAGAAGCUCUGCCAAACAAAAGGAUCUCAGCCAACGCAUUACCAGAACCCCAAGUUAUUUUGUGACUAUUUCACCAAUGGUAACCCUGGACUGCUCCUGCAACCGAUGAAGCGAGAAGUGAUCAGUCAGCAGCCGUAUGUUGUGCUCUACCAUGAUUUCAUCACCCAUGCUGAGGCUAAAAGCAUCAGAGACAGCGCGGUGCCAGGGCUGAGAAGAUCUGUUGUAGCAUCUGGAGUAAAUCAGGCCACUGCAGAAUAUCGCAUCAGCAAGAGCGCAUGGCUAAAAGAAUCAGUUCACGCAGUUGUGGGAAAGAUGGAUCAGCGGAUCACUAUGGUCAGCGGGUUAAAUGUACAUUCUCCUUAUGCCGAAUUUCUCCAAGUGGUGAAUUAUGGCAUUGGAGGACAUUAUGAACCUCACUUUGAUCAUGCCACAUCUGACUCCAGCCCAUUGUACAGACUUAAAACAGGAAACCGAGUGGCCACGUUCAUGAUAUAUCUAAGCUCUGUGGAGGCAGGGGGGUGCACGGCUUUCAUUUACGCCAAUUUCAGCGUUCCUGUAGUGGAGAAUGCUGCUCUCUUCUGGUGGAAUCUUCACAGAAAUGGCCGAGGAGACGGUGAUACUCUUCACGCUGGUUGCCCUGUCAUUGUUGGUGAUAAAUGGGUUGCUAAUAAGUGGGUCCAUGAGUACGGGCAGGAGUUCCAGAGACCCUGCAGCCUCAAUCCUGAAGAGUGAACAUACAGUAGCGGCGGAAAGGUCUAGUAGGACUACAAGGACUUCAAGAGUCAACGCUCGUGAAGGAGCAACAGAGGACAUAUGGGAAAGACUGAAAAACAAGGGGUUGAAAACGGAGGACUCCAGCCUUAGAAAGAGGCACAUGGAGGUCUGGAGGCACAAAGGAAAGAUGGACUGCUGUGAUGCUUGUGUGUGUCAGGAAGUCAUUUAGCAUGAACUUAAAAGGCAGAUCUCCUGCUUUUCAAUGUUCAAUGUGGAAAAUGUUGUUGUUUACAUACUUGAUGUUACAUACUUGAUGAUCUGUUUGGUGUAAUUUGGUUCUGAUAAUUACAACGAACCUAAACCUUUAUUUUGCACAUGAUGGGUUGUUAUUAUAUUUCAUGGGCCCUGGGAGAAUGUUUAGUUGUCUUUCUCUAACAGCACCCUGCACAAACAAUAUAAACAGGGACUUAUUAUUAUACAGUCAAUGUUAUUAACUUAAGCUAAUAAUGAUAACUAUAAACUAAUUUAACUGAAGUUAAUCCACACUGAACCCAACUAAAAAUGUUGUCUCUAUUUGUCUUUUUUUAAGUACUUUUGAUUUUUUUGGAAGGUUUUGUUUUUAGAAACAAUGCCCCAGUUUUAUAUUUAUAAAUAUCAAC